CCAAUGCUAAUAGCAAAGAGGGAGUAUCCAUACAAUAGAUGGGAGCCUCUUUACUUUGGUACUAAUAAAGAGCCUUGGUACAGCGAGUCUCUGUGUUGGGAAGGUUUCCAGGACAAAAUGACGCAGAUGUUGGAGAUGUGUCUACAAAAAUACCGGCUGGUGAUUCUAGAUGGGGGAUUUCUUUCUCACGCAGCAGUGCCACGAUCGAAGAAACAUCGGAAAAGAGAUGAAGUUACGAACACGGUAAAGUACGUGAAGAUUAUCAAUUAUUUAAAAAAGAAGUACGACGAUAGGCAAGGAU